GCUGUUCACAGGGCCUGCUAUCCCCAGUCCCUCGCUGAACGGUCCGGCCCGUGACCUUCACGGCGGCGCGUGCCCCGCACCGGGGUUUGCCUUCCCGGACUGGGCCUACAAGCCGGAGUCAUCCCCUGGCUCGCGGCAGAUCCAGUUGUGGCACUUUAUCCUGGAGCUGCUGCGGAAAGAGGAGUACCAGGGCGUCAUCGCCUGGCAGGGGGACUACGGGGAGUUCGUCAUCAAGGACCCCGACGAGGUGGCUCGGCUCUGGGGUGUCCGCAAGUGCAAGCCCCAGAUGAAUUAUGACAAGCUGAGCCGGGCCCUGCGCUAUUAUUAUAACAAACGCAUUCUGCACAAGACCAAGGGGAAACGGUUCACCUACAAGUUCAAUUUCAACAAACUGGUGCUGGUUAAUUACCCUUUCAUCGAUGUGGGCUUGGCUGGGGGUGCUGUGCCCCAGAGUGCCCCACCAGUGCCGUCGGGUGGCAGCCACUUCCGCUUCCCUCCCUCAACGCCUUCCGAGGUGCUGUCCCCCACUGAGGACCCCCGGUCACCACCGGCCUGCUCUUCAUCUUCAUCCUCCCUCUUCUCGGCUGUGGUAGCCCGCCGCCUGGGCCGUGGCUCGGUCAGUGACUGUAGUGACGGCACAUCAGAGCUAGAGGAGCCACUGGGAGAGGACCCCCGGGCCCGACCGCCUGGCCCUCCGGAGCUGGGUGCCUUCCGCGGCCCCCCACUAGCCCGCCUGCCCCAUGACCCCAGUGUCUUCCGUGUCUACCCCCGGCCCCGGGGUGGUCCUGAGCCCCUCAGCCCCUUCCCUGUGUCACCCCUGGCCGGUCCUGGCUCCCUGCUGCCCCCUCAGCUCUCACCGGUACUGCCCAUGACGCCCACCCACUUGGCCUACACACCCUCACCCACCCUGAGCCCUAUGUAUCCUGGUGGCGGCGGGGGCCCCAGCGGCUCAGGGGGAGGCUCCCACUUCUCCUUCAGCCCUGAGGACAUGAAACGGUACCUGCAGGCCCACACCCAAAGUGUCUACAACUACCACCUCAGUCCCCGCGCCUUCCUGCACUACCCUGGGCUGGUGGUACCCCAGCCCCAGCGCCCUGACAAGUGCCCGCUGCCGCCCCUGGCACCCGAGACCCCACCGGUCCCCUCCUCGGCUUCGUCCACCUCUUCUUCCUCUUCCUCCCCGUUCAAGUUUAAGCUCCAGCCGCCCCCACUAGGACGCCGGCAGCGGGCAGCUGGGGAGAAGGCUCCGGCCGGCGCUGACAAGAGCAGUGGCGGCUCAGGCCGGCUGGGUGAGGGGGCGGGGGCAUUGGCCCCACCACCGCCACCGCCACAGAUCAAGGUGGAACCCAUCUCAGAAGGCGAGUCGGAGGAGGUGGAGGUGACUGACAUCAGUGACGAGGAUGAGGAAGAUGGGGAGGUGUUCAAGACACCCCGCGUCCCGCCUGCGCCCCCCAAGCCUGAGCCUGGCGAGGCGCCUGGGGCAGCCCAGUGCAUGCCCCUCAAGCUGCGCUUUAAGCGGCGCUGGAGUGAAGACUGUCGCCUGGAGGGGGGUGGGGGCACCGCUGGUGGCCUGGAGGAUGAGGGAGAGGACAAGAAGGUGCGUGGGGAGGGGCCCGGGGAGGCUGGGGGGCCCCUCACCCCAAGACUGGUGAGCUCCGACCUCCAGCAUGCCACUGCCCAGCUCUCUCUGGAGCACCGUGAUUCCUGAGGGCUGUGGGCCGGGGACUGUGUCCCCCCCAUGCUUCUUUUGCUGCCUUAACCCCUGCCCCCCAAUGCCCUGGAGGUGAGGGCAGCUCUAGUCUCUUCCCGCCUCCUUUCUCUCCCCUCCCCACAUUUUGUAUAAAACUUCCAUUUUUUUUUUUUUUUAAUGGUGGGGGUGGGUGGGUGCCCAGGGCUGUCUCCUGUCUCUGUGGGUUUGUAAGCUCUGGGCAAAGUGGUGGGAGGGAGGGAGGGAGAGGUUGGGGAGGUAAGGGGGCCACCUCCAUUCCGGGGAAUUUUUGUUUGAACCGGGGCUUUGGCCUCAACACCCAGGAACUUUUUUAUUACAAUCACUUAGGAAGUAAAGCCGUGUCUCCCUGUCCUCUGCCUCUCAAGCUUGUCCACUUUGCCCCCCAGCUGGUCCCGGCCCCAGUCCUGCCUUCCCUGCCCCUCCAGGGGCCAUGAGUGCCUGGGUUUCUCAUACCCCACAAGGUCGCAGCAGGGGAGGGAGGAACAAUUUUAUGAUGAACCAAAAAUUCCAUGGGGGGGUGGUGGGAGGUGGACGAGGGUGUGGGGUACCACCCAUGGGCCACAAAUCUCUACAAGUGCCUGCUAGCCCUCUCCCACUCCCCACCCCAGCACCAGUCCAACCCCUUCACCCCCAGCUGCUCCUAGGACUGGCCCAUGGGCAGGCGGGUUGGGGGUGGGUGGGAAGGGGGUGCCCUGAAACCAAACUGGAAACCCCCUCUGCCUCCCAGCUGGGGCCCUUGGGGUGGGGUGGGGGGCUGUGGUCAAGCCUUAUUCUGUAUUGGGGAUGGAGUGGGGGUGGGGGGUAGGGCGGGGCUGCCGGAGAAUGUAUUCAAAACAAUAAAACUUGGGACCUUUUUGAUGUGGUGAUCUGUCCUGGGUGCUGGGAGUAGGCACCACGGGCCGUAGCUUUGGUUUGCUUCUCAAAGACAGGCCUGGACUUCCCCACACAUGCAGUGGAUCUGUGGCCUGGUCUGAAUGGGUCAAAUCCAGGCCUGGAAAGUGACCUCCUGACCUCAGAAAUCAUUCAAGUCUCAGCAAACUGACCCUGUAUCUGACUGCUGCUUUAUUCCAUGGGGACCUGCUGGUCCUGGAAAGUGCUUUAGACUCAUUGCCGCCACCCUGUUGCUCUUGCUCUUCUGGUCACCUGAAAUGGCCUUCCUCUCUGACUCUGAGUUUCCAUACUCCCAGGUUCCUAGUGAGGGCCAGGGAGUGCUUUUGCACCGCCUCUAGCAUCCUGCCCACAUCUCUCUCCUUAGGGCACUUCUAAGCAAAUCAGAAUCCCUGGGAGACAAGUCCUGAAGUGCCUUGAAAUGUAGACCUUACAAAGUACCUUAGUGAUCUUUAGGUGAAACCGUGGGGAAAUGCCCCCAACCAGCAAGUUGAGAAGGGACUGGGGACUGGUUCAAUAACCACAGUUAACCAUUCAUUGACCUACUUUAUGUCCAGCACCUAGCUAGGAGCUGCCGUGUUUUGUCUCCUUCAACAC